AUGGUGCCAAGAUAUAAGGGAUCAGCGACUAGCCGAUCGUCAGAUCAAGAGCUGAAGGAGAAGACUGGACAGGUAUGGUUUAUCCUUGUGAACUCUCUCGAAUUCAUGCCAAUGCUUGCCAAUUUCACUGAUCUCAAUCUUUUGAAUAUCAUGGGAUCGAUGGACGGGCGGAUCGACCACGUUUCCCACAGUCAUUUUGUCAAUGAAAAUAUCGAAACUCUCACCAAAGCUUACAAAAUUGGAAACGUCAUACUUUUUCAUAAAAGUGUCUCUACCACGAUGAGACUUAUUCGAUCAACGGCUCCAUUGCAAGAUUUGGUUGAGAAUUAUGGAAAUUCUAGAAACUCUUUAUCGCAAUUGAUCAGAGUGAUCAGAGAGAUUGGCGAGUGGCUCGCAUUAACCCGUCUCUUACAACACAACUUCCUGGUUCGAUGGCUUUUGGUGCGACCGGUGAUCAGUCAAAUGCAUCUAAAGUUGCCUAAUUGUUAUCAAUAA